UAUGCCCAAGCAAGUCCUUUCCUUGUAUAAAAUAGUGUUCUGUUUUACCCGUUGUACUGGUUGUUGUGGUUGUCCUUCUCCGGCCGGACAGGUCUCUUCCCCCCUUCCCCCUCCUUUUUUUCUUCCUUUUUUCCCUCUUUUGAUAAAAGCAAGUAUAUAGUAGUUGACUCUAAAAUGGCGCGCAAAAUUAAGGGGAGGCAAAACUGGACUUGACUUUUCCUUUAGUAACUGCCAACUUGUUCAGGUUUUGCAAUUUAGUUUACAAGUUAUUAAAGGAGUAGUGAAAGGGAAAUUAGUGAAAAGUUGUUUUUUAAUUUUAAUAAAUAUGUGAAAUAUAGGUGAAGAUUUAUAGAAAAAAUUAUUGUAAGAGUUA